CAGCUAUCGCGUCACACUAAAAAAAUCGCGAAAAAUAAAUAUUUUCGCUGAGUUUUCCGUGAUUAGGAAAUUAACGCGAAAUCAUGGUGUCGAGAAGCCUCACUGAGGUUUUCGUGUUAAUGCGAAAUAAUGCAAUACACAGCAGACAGAUAUUUGCCGAGCAGCAAGGCAACGAGUCGGAGCGCGUGCGUCUGAUGCGAGCGAGCUCCCGCGACUUGGAAGCGGGCAUCGAACUGCGAGCCGAUGGUUGCGCGCCGCCGCCCUGGACCGAUGCCUUGGAGGAGGCGCACUACGUCAUCACCAGGCUAAAGACAAAGCUGUCCGAGCUGCAAGCCCGCCACGAGCGCCAGAUCCGGCGGCCGGCGCUGGACGACGCGACCGAGCAGCAGCACAUCAGCCGGCUGACGUCAGAGAUCGCGCGCCACUUUGGGCACGCGCACACACACUUAGGAGCCAUCAAGGCACAGUGCAGGCAUGGUAACAAAACAGAACAGAUGCUUGCGACGAACGUCGUGACGGCGCUAGUGACGACGCUCCGCGAUCUCAGCGAGGCCUUCCGCAACGCUCAGUCCAACUACCUCAAGUCCCUGACUUCCAGAGAAGAAAGGUCGAACGCCUACUUCGAUCUCCCAGACUUCGAAGAACUGAGCCUGAACGAUAACGACCUACUACCAGGACUAACGAAUAACCAAACAGAUUUACUAUUUUCUCUACCAAGCACGUCGGGCACACAAAAACAUUUUACGGACGAACCAAGCAACGGAGCAUUCCAGAAACAAACGCAAAAACAAAUGCUGCUUCUAGAAGAAGAAAACACAAGAAUGGCGGCAGAAAGAGAACAAGAAGUCAAUCAAAUAGUUCGGUCAAUAGUAGACCUUAAUGACAUCUUCAAAGAUCUAAGCCACAUGAUCCACGAACAAGGAACCGUCUUAGACCGAAUAGAUUACAAUAUCGAACAAACCCAAGUACAAGUGCACGAAGGAUACAAACAGCUGCAGAAAGCUGAGAGAUAUCAGAAGAAGAAUAGGAAAAUGCACUGUAUAUUAAUUCUAGCGGUCACAGUUAUAGUGAUGGUGAUAUUACUGAUAAUUGUUAAGAGCUAGUAAGACAAAGAGCUAGAUAAAAGAUGCCUUAUAUUACGUAGUCAUGCAGAACGACUAUGGUCUUUGUCUGCAGCCAAAUUAGUGAAAGGUAAGAGUUGCUAGAAGCCUAUGGCUUUCUUCGGGGCUCGAUAUGAGAAUCCUGAGGCAUCCAUGGAAUUCUCGGGUGUCUCAAACUAAUACAGUGUUUCAUAUCAAUGUGUGGAAGCGAUUACCAAAGCACAUGCUUAAUAAAUAAAUUAAGGAUAAACUGGUAAGAGCGUGCGGUGCGUUUAAGUAAUUAGGCAGUGGUAAAUGGUUUAAGGUAAGGUAAGGGAAAUCAAUGGUUUUAAAUUCUAAGCACUACUGCCUACCUCGAUUGAGACUAAUGCCCGCCGCUGUCCACAAAGUCAUUUAUAGUAUUGUCACAUUUAGUGAGAAAACUUCAAGAAAAUUUAGUUUUAAUAUUUUUUGCUAAAACAAAAAAGUGUUAAACACACGCUAUGUACCUAUGUCUCUACUAUUGAUUGUAUAUACCUAAUGUGUUUUAUGAAAAUAUUUAUACACAGGUAAAAGUAUAGAACAUUACAGUAAACAAGGUCCUGUAUCUAGCAACUUUACCACAGUCUAAAAUUACUAAACCAUUAUUGAAAUCAAAUCAUUCCUAUAGAAUAUUUUGAAAUCGGUCUUAAAUGAAUUUGUUAUUUAUAAAUGUCGAGAGAAUGUAUUAAAUUACGCUUUAUUUAUUUGUAGAACUUAAGUGCUGGAAAAUUCUUAUUUCAGUGUACAAAAGACAUUAAAUUGAUGAAAUUUUGUUGUAUGUAGUGAACUGUGUGUUGGUUAAAUGUGAAAGGUAUAAAAUGAACUCAAUGCGUAUUACACAUUGAAGAUCAACACUUGAUUCAAUUUAAAGCAUAGAUUGUGGCUUUUGAUUGGUUAAAUUUCAAUAUUAUUAAUUUAGGUACAAGACAAAUCCUAAUCCAAAUAUGACUAAAAUUGAGUUGAGUUUUGGUCGUGUAAUACGAACCUAAGAAAUUGUAGCAAUCAGUAAUAUUAUGUGUGCCUAAAAGUAUUGUUUUAGUUUAUAUAAAGUGUACUUACAUGCUCAAAAAGUCACCACCCUUACCCGACUGCGCCAGAAAGAGAGUUAGAUUUAAAAAAAAAAUGGACAGACGGAACCAGAUUUGUACUAUACUUUAAUUCCCCAAAAAACAAUCUAGGUCUAUUGUGCCUAGGACUGGACUGGAUGAAUGGCCUUUUGUGGAUGUGUAUUAUUAUUUAUUACUUCGAAUGUCGCCACCACUGCACAUGAUCUAGUCUGCUGUGUUAGGUGUAUUUAUUGUAAAAAUAAGUUAUGUUUUAAGGUAUUAAUUAAUUUAUAUUUGCGUGUGCAUAUAUUGGAUUGGAUUGUAAGAAGUACAGUCGAUAGUGUAUGAAUAUAAAAAAAUAUUUUGAUUGCAUGAAAUUGGUGAGAUUAUCUAAAUAUUGCAUAUCGUCAGCUUAAACAUGCAAGCAUAGGUACACUUUUCCCAGGCGAGUACAAAAAUGGAAUGAUAUUGCACCAUUGACCAAAAAUACACAAA